UUACAGGUUCAGCGGUUCUGAGGUUGUGUUUCUGGGGAGAGAACAGGAGGUGUUAGCUGCACUGCAAGGCCGUCCCCUCUUUUAUGGGCUGCCCAUAAACAGUUUCUACUGCAGUCUCAAUGAACCUCAGUUAUUCAGGGAAGUAUGGAGGCUCUUGGGCCAUAAAGUCAGUUCCACAUACCAAGGCUUGGACUGUUACGUAGGAUGGUUUUAAAGCUUUGUGCUUGGGGCAGAUAUUCAACUCCAGCUCUGUGAUUCCUAGCCAGAGUGCUGCCAGAUCCUUUUGAAGGCUGCCUUGAGAUGUGAGGUGAUAAGCAAAUAAUCCAGGCUCAGGCUAAUCACUGCCUGGAUGGUUUCCCCACCACCCUUGUGUUAGGAGGUUUGCCCAAGACACAACACACCUGACACUUUCUUUGAUCAUCUUUUGUUCGCUGGCCUGAAAAGUGUAACUCCAAAAAAGAUUCAAGACAUUGUUCUGAAAGAAAAGGCUGUGACACAUGGACAAUAUGUCUAUUACUAACACACCAACAAGUAAUGAUGCUUGUCUGAGCAUUGUUCACAGCUUGAUGUGCCAUCGACAAGGUGGAGAGAGUGAAACUUUUGCAAAACGAGCAAUUGAAAGUUUAGUUAAAAAGCUAAAGGAGAAAAAAGAUGAAUUGGAUUCUUUGAUUACAGCUAUAACUACAAAUGGAGCUCAUCCUAGUAAAUGUGUUACAAUACAGAGAACAUUGGAUGGAAGGCUUCAGGUGGCUGGUCGUAAAGGGUUCCCUCAUGUGAUCUAUGCUCGUCUUUGGAGGUGGCCUGAUCUUCACAAAAAUGAACUCAAGCAUGUUAAAUAUUGUCAGUAUGCUUUUGACUUAAAAUGUGACAGUGUCUGUGUGAAUCCUUACCAUUAUGAGCGUGUGGUGUCCCCGGGCAUCGAUCUCUCAGGACUGACACUGCAGAGUUCUGCUCCAUCAAGUAUGCUGGUGAAAGACGAAUAUGUUCAUGACUUUGAGGGGCAGCCAUCGUUAUCUUCUGCGGAAGGUCAUUCAGUCCAAACCAUUCAGCAUCCACCAAGUAACAGGGCAGCCACAGAGACGUACAGCACCCCAGCAAUGUUAGCUCCUUCUGAGUCUAGUGCUACGAGCACCACUAAUUUUCCCAACAUUCCUGUGGCUUCCACAAGUCAACCUACCAGUAUAUUGACAGGUAGCCAUAGUGAUGGACUCCUGCAGAUCGCGUCAGGACCUCAGCCAGGAGCACAGCAGAAUGGGUUUGCAGCUCAGCCAGCUACUUACCAUCACAAUAGUACUACAACUUGGACUGGAAGCCGAACAGCAGCCUACACACCUACUAUACCUCACCAUCAGAAUGGACAUCUUCAGCAUCACCAACCUAUGCAUUACUGGCCAGUUCAUAAUGAACUUGCAUUCCAGCCUCCUAUAUCAAAUCAUCCUGUCUGUUUAUCUUCGCUAGCUCCAGAGUACUGGUGUUCGAUUGCUUAUUUUGAAAUGGAUGUGCAGGUUGGGGAGACAUUUAAAGUUCCUUCAAGCUGUCCAGUUGUUACGGUUGAUGGAUAUGUGGACCCUUCUGGCGGAGACCGCUUUUGCUUGGGCCAGCUUUCCAAUGUACAUAGAACAGAAGCCAUUGAGAGAGCAAGGUUGCACAUAGGUAAAGGGGUGCAGCUGGAAUGUAAAGGUGAAGGUGAUGUGUGGGUUAGGUGCCUCAGUGACCAUGCAGUCUUCGUUCAGAGCUACUACUUGGACAGAGAAGCUGGGCGGGCGCCAGGAGAUGCUGUUCACAAGAUUUACCCCAGUGCAUAUAUAAAGGUGUUUGAUUUGCGGCAAUGUCAUCGUCAGAUGCAGCAGCAGGCUGCCACUGCACAAGCUGCAGCUGCUGCUCAGGCUGCUGCAGUAGCAGGAAACAUCCCUGGGCCAGGAUCAGUGGGUGGAAUAGCCCCAGCUAUCAGUUUGUCAGCUGCUGCUGGAAUUGGUGUAGAUGACCUUCGCCGUUUAUGCAUACUCAGGAUGAGUUUUGUGAAAGGUUGGGGACCUGAUUACCCAAGGCAGAGCAUCAAAGAAACACCCUGUUGGAUUGAAAUCCAUUUACACCGUGCGCUCCAGCUUCUAGAUGAAGUACUUCAUACCAUGCCUAUCGCAGACCCACAACCUCUAGACUGAGAUCCUGCUGCUGCACUGCUGUGGGCCAUUAUAUUGUCAGGCUGGUGAAUUGUAAAAUACAAUUCUGUUUAUUAGAGGUGCACCGAUAUAUCAAUGCCAUAUUGGAUUGACACCAAUAAAAGGAAAAUUAAAAUUAUUGGUUUUUUUGGGCCAGUUUAGCCGAUAAUGUUAACUGAUAAAUAUAAUAUGCCUUCUGGCGGGGGCACCAGGAUGCCGUGUGCAUUUGUGCAGCUGGAUGCAUGCAUGUGGCCUGGAGUGUAGCCGGGCAGCAUGGGGAGCAGUGCCCUGCAGGUAAGUCUGUGGAGAGAAAGAGCUGGUGGGUGGGGGCAGGCCGAGGCCUCUACAGUGAGGGAGUGAGGAGUGGGCCUGGGGCUGGCGGUGCUGCCCAGCCAGGGUAGUGAAUGGGACCC